AUGACAAUGUUAAAUAUAUUGGACAUGGCCAAUAAUUUUGCAACUCGUCUUUGGAAACAUUCUAUGUCACAAAACCUUAAUCCUGCCGCUUUAAUGGAAACUUUUAACACAAAUAUUUUUUUACAAAAGUUAGGAUUGUCAUGGGUUUUAAAUCAUGCGCCUGCUUUUUUUAUCAAUAGUAAUCAAGCAAGUAUUAAAUUUAUUUUUAAAUUUUGUUUAUUUUCUCAAAUAAUAAUAAUAAUAAUUAAUUUUCAGAUUGAAAUUUUACAUGAACCACAUUCAUUUUAUAAUUUAUUAUUAAGACAAAUUGAAAAUGCCAAUGAAAGAAUUGUACUUUCUUCUCUUUAUUUGGGAACUGGUUUAUUAGAAAAAAAUUUGGUGCAAGUUUUACAGAAAAGAUUGCAAGAGAAACCUAAUUUAAAAGUUAAAAUAUUGUUAGAUUGUACGAGAGGAUCAAGGGGUAAAAUAAAUUCCAGACAAAUGUUAUUACCACUUUUAAAAAAUUUUGAAAACUCCUGUAAAGUAAGUCUUUAUCAAAAUCCGAAUACUCAAAAUCCUUUAAUGUCAUGUCUUCCAACGAAAUAUCAAGAAAUUGCAGGACUCCAACACAUUAAAAUUUAUUUAUUCGAUGACAAUUUCAUUAUAACUGGGGCUAAUUUAAGUAGCGAUUAUUUCACAAAUAGACAAGACAGAUAUAUGUUUAUUAAAAAAACUAAAAAAUUAUGCGAUUUCAUCGAAGGACUAAUCGAUAAAAUCAGAGAAUUUUCUUUUAAUUUAAAUUCUGAUGAUACAUUAAAAAUAGAAAAUUCUUGGGAUUUGGAUCCUAGUAAAACAGAUUCAAAAACUUUUAAUUUUGCAGCUUCAACAUCUAUAAAAAAUUAUUAUCAAAGCUUUAUCGAUGAAACUCCCACGACAUCAGAUGAAGGUGAUACUGUGAUAUUUCCACUUUUGGAAAUGGGACCUUUUAACAUUCACACAGACAGUCAAGUGACGAAUAAACUUUUGGAAAAAUGCGAUGAAAAUUUUAACUUGCAUCUCACGACUGGUUAUUUUAAUUUAACCGAAUCAUAUGUAAAUACAAUCAUUCACAAAUCGAAAGCUGAUUUUAAAAUUUUAAUGGCACAUCCCACAGCUAACGGUUUUUACAAUGCUAAAUUUCCCGCUGGAGGAAUACCUUUUGCGUAUACUCACAUAGCUUCUAUGUUUCUUAAAAAAAUAAACGUUAAUAAACAAUCCCACAGGAUAAAAAUGUUUGAAUACAAAAGGCCGGAUUGGACGUAUCAUGCCAAAGGCCUCUGGUGUAGUUCUCAAGACUUCGAAUUGCCUUUUAUCACAAUGAUAGGCUCUCCAAAUUUUGGAGAAAGAUCGGUAAAACACGAUUUGGAAUGUCAAUUUCUUGCCGGUACUCUGAAUGAAAAUCUUCAAUAUGAAUUAUCACUGGAAAGAAAAAAUUUAUAUAAUUAUUGUCAUUUAUUCACCGAGGAUACGUGGUUACAAUCAGACAGAAAAAUACCAUAUUGGGUUAAAGCUGUGGUUUACAUGUUUAGAAGUUAUUUAUAA